GCUAUUCGCUGCCUCUUUCUGGCAUGUCGUAAUUUAAUUCCCGUGAAUCCUACUGCGCCACUAUGCAGUCGCCGAGUAUCUUAUCACUUCACGACAACCGCAACUUGACACGAAGAAUCACUCGAUACAGUAAGGCGUGCCUCGCCGGUAAUCUAGCAAAAGUGUUGUAAAAUAUCGCCAAUCGACAAAACAAAACAAAACAAAACAAAAAACAACAGCGGAGCGGUCCCACCUAGAACUAUGACGUCGACGAUUGUCCGUAGGCGACGCCAGUGAAAUUGUGCGUACGGGCCAAGAACCCGCACGUUGAAAGAGGGCGAGAGAGAGAGAGAGGGAGCGUUCGUACUUCACCGUGACAUACGGCGAUAUACCGAUUGGUACAUGUAGUAUACGAGUUUUCGGAGAUUCUUAACGUCAAAAACUUGGAAUGACAAAUUUCUCAAUUCUCGGAUCCCCGUUCCGCCUUCCCAUCAGUCAAGCUUCUUCAGGCGAAGAUGUCAAGGGUGAAAAUUCGACGGUCGGGGAGUGUCCUGAGCCCUGCGGUGACGAAGCGGUCUGUCGGCGUAUAUCGGAAGGCCGAUGGGAGUGUCGGUGUAUUUUUAACUUGAGCGAACCGAACGAGGACGGGAACUGUGGACCGGCCGGCCCAGUGAAAACGAAGGAUGAAACCCAAGCGGUGAUAGAUCACAUGAAACUCAGAGAAAUCGUCCUAGGUAGCACUAACUCGACAUCAAACGAGAGCGCCCCAUCCAUCUUGAAGGAGACACCGCACAUGUCGCGGACUGACUGGCACGUGCUGCAGAUCAUACUUCCGGUUGGCUUAGUCGUCUUCCUGUGUUUCGUCGUCACUCUCGUCUGUCUCAGGAAGUGGCGCAGUAAUCGGCUAAGAUCAAAACGAGGCUUGGAGGGCGUGGUUAAAAAUAGCGACAACGUACAGCUAUUGGAGCGCAUGAAUAUCAUAAGUAAAAAUCCGACCUACUUCACGUCGCUGCAAGAGAAUGGAGUGGAGAAACAGGUGUUCGUGCGAGAGAUCCCCCUGGAACACCUCAAACUCGUGGAUAUAGUUGGAGAAGGAGCUUUUGGACAAGUCUUUAAAGGUGAGUUAUAUAACGUGGAAGCGGAGGCCAUAACUCGUGUUGCAGUAAAGGUGCUGAAAGACGGCGUAACUCAGGAGGUGCGCGAGGAUUUCGAGCGGGAGGUGGAGAUCAUGUGCUCCUUCGACCACGACAACAUCCUGCGGCUGAUAGGAGUCAUCACGAAGGACGUUGGUGAAAGUCCGUACAUGGUGUUUGAGUAUAUGGAUUACGGGGACCUGGCAGAGCUGCUUCGCAAGAACGACCCGAUACUGAGGAGAGCCGACGAUAUCCAGCUACAGAAGAAAGACUUGAUCGACAUAUCGACUCAGAUAGCCAAUGGAAUGAAAUAUCUGACGUCACAACAUUUCGUUCACCGAGAUCUCGCGACAAGAAACUGUCUGGUUGGGGAGGGUCUGGUGGUCAAGAUAUCCGACUUCGGCAUGUCACGUGACAUUUACACCUGUGAUUACUACAAGAUUGGGGGAUCUCGGAUGCUGCCUGUCCGCUGGAUGUCGCCGGAGAGUGUAAAAUACGGACGCUUUACGACCGAGUCCGAUGUUUGGGCGUUCGGUGUGGUGCUGUGGGAGAUAUUCAGCUGCGGGCGUCAGCCGUACUUCGGCCAUUCGAACGAGGAGGUGAUUCGAUUCCUAGCGGACGGACUUCUCUUACAGCGACCCGAGGACUGUCCGUCCACCAUCUACCACAUCAUGCUGGGCUGCUGGAAACAGGACCCCAAGUCUCGCAAGUCCUUCGAAGCCAUCCACCGCCACCUGGAGGAUUACAACAAGCGGGUGGCCAUGAAUAUCGAUCCCACGUCCUCCGACACGGACCUACUGACGCACGAGAAGCAGCUGUUCCGAUCGGAGUGCGUCGACAUCGAGACUCCGAGAGCUGGAGCAGCAUGCUGCGGAGAAGACAGUCCGACGGAGGCUCAUCUCUUUUUGACGCUAGACGAGAGAGAGCUGCGUCGUGAGUCACAAGACUUGGUCAUAGCUUCGUCUAAGAUUGUGGAGAUUCCGAUUGAUGACGUAGCUGUGUCAGUGAAUGAAGAGGAGGUGUGAAGUAUGAGUUGUAUAUGAUUAAAACAACAACAAAAAUUACAAGGUGGUGUUGUGUAUUGAAAUGUGAAUAAUUUUGACGCAACAAAUCACGCUCGAUCAUAAAUACGAUUUAUUUUGGAGCCGCUAUUGUCAGACGUGUUAAAUGACGAAACUGAGGGCUGCAACAGUGACACAAUGGUCAUAAAUACAAUUUAUUUUGGAGCCGCUAUUGUCAGACGUGUUAAAUGACGAAACUGAGGGCUGCAACAGUGACACAAUGGUCAUAAAUACGAUUUAUUUUGGAGCCGCUAUUGUCAGACGUGUUAAAUGACGAAACUGAGAGCUGCAACAGUGACACAAUGGUUAUAAAUAUGACCUAAUUUUGACAGAGCUGUUGCUACAAAUGCCACGAGUACAAACGUGACCUAUUUUGUGUUUGACCUAUUUUGACGCAGUGUUAGAAUUACGCAUGGUCAGAAAUAUGACGUAUUUUAAAGAAGCUUAUGUUAUAUGUGUCACAAGAUGAAAAUGUUAGCUGUUUUGACACAGCAUGGUCAGAAAUAUGAUCUAUUUUAAAGAAGCUUAUGUUAUAUGUGUCACAGCGAACCAUACCAAUACGUACGGGGUGGGUUAUCAGUCUUCAAUUUUACAUUAAAAAUUAUUUAUUUAUUUAUUAAAAAAC